AUGAGUUCUUCCUCGACGUUACUGACUGUCGCUAGCGUGGCUAGCGUUUUCGUCGUUUUUGGAUGUAUUUUCUCGGUUGGGCUGAUACUCCACGAUAUCAACACCUUCUACGAUGAGAAGAUGCAGGAGAUCGAUCAGUUCAAGGUUAAUUUUUUCUUCAGAAAUUUCUAGAAGCUUCCCUUCAAAUUAUAAAAAAAAUAUUUAAAACUAUACAACUGAUUUCUUUUUAUGUUGUUCCGAUUCACGGACAGAUUCACAAAAGUUACAGAUUUCGCCGAAAUUUAGAAGAUAUCAGAAAUCUUACAACCAAUUGCUGUUCUUCUAGUCGACUUUCAUCAAAUGAACUAUUUUCCUAGGAGAUCGAGCAACACGCCUGGGAGAGCAUGAUCUCAGUUCCUCGAGGCUCCGACGAAGUCAGAACCCUCUUCAUCGGCCGAAACAAACGUCAGGCUCAAUGCAACUGCGGCGAGGUCGGUACAGGAUGUCCAGACGGACCGCCAGGACCUCCAGGACAUCCCGGAAGCCCCGGCGAGCCUGGACAACCGGGUCAACCUGGUCAUUCUGGCAACACUCACUACGUCGACAACGAGCUCAGCGGCGGAAAUGGAUGCAUUUCUUGUCCAGCAGGACCAAGAGGACCAGCAGGUCCGCCUGGAAACGCCGGUCCGCCUGGACCCAACGGUCAGCCUGGAGCCUCUUCUUACGGCGGUGGACAAGGACCCCCAGGACCUCCCGGUCCCAGUGGAAAUGCUGGUCAGCCAGGAAGACCAGGACGAGCUGGACAACCUGGAAGACCUGGAAGAUCAGGUCAGAGGUCGAGAUCUAGACCGGGAGCUCCAGGAUCUCCUGGACGACCAGGAACACCAGGUCAGCCAGGACAGCCUGGCAGAAGCGGUGGUUUCGGAAACGUUGGUCCUGCUGGACGUCCCGGUCAGGAUGGAAGGCCAGGCCGUGCUGGAAAUCCAGGAAGGCCUGGUCAGCCAGGAAAGAAGGGACUUCCUGGCGGUGAUGCAGGUGAGCUUUUCUAUCUUUUAAUUGACUUUUUCCAGCCAAGCGUAAUUUAAAUUUUCGAACUGAUGAAAUAGGAAAAAUGGAGUUUCAGUAAGUCCAAAUCAUCAGGAGUCGAGUUAUAUCGACUUUGUUGACUUUAGAUCAAAUUUAGUACAAUUAAAGGUGAUUUCACAGGUUUUCAGAAAGCUUGGUAAAAUCUACAAGGCAAUACCAAUUUUUAAAUCAUAACUUAUUGAAACUCAAGCAAAUUACGUUUGACUUUGAAAUGGCUAGAACCAGUUAGAACCUUGAAAUACCAAUUUCAAGUUUGGAAAAAUUUGCUCCGGCCAAAGUUCAACGAGUAGGUUCAGAAAAAAAAAUGAUUUCAUUCAAUUUUUCGAAAAAGCAGAACUGAAGAUAACAUUUUUCAGCCUACUGUCCUUGCCCCGCCAGAAACGGCGGAUCUUAUCAGCGCAACCGAAAUAAUUACGGUAACCGAGGUUGAAAAGAUAAACGAUUUGAGAAUAAAUAGUUUGAUGAAUAAAUCCCACAUUUCUACACCUAAACGCCUUCAAAAUCACACGAAGAACUCACAAGCAAGGCUGAAGAGCAGGAUUUCUGUUCCAGUGAAAAUUGAAGUAUAGUAUUCGUUUUGGUUAUCGGCUCUCAACGAACCGAACCCUUCGCCAACCUUCUCCAAAGACAUUCUUGCUAUUCUGAAGUCAAAACGUUUGGAAAAUGAACGUUUCGUGGUGUUUUAUGAGAAGAAAUGA